CGCUGUUUCCCACUACCGCCGCAAUAUGCGUUAGCUGUCAAGUGUCAACACGUUGCAUGCUGCAACAUGACUCCGGAUAGACAAAUUCCCAUGUUCUCCUACGAUGAGGGAGACUUUAAUUUUACUGUAAAACCAUACGACGAGACUGAGUCGUCGCUCGAUCGUAUUUUACGGCGGACAUGGCAGCGGGCUGAAGAAGCAAAAUUAUUUCGAUACACUUUAAACAUAAGAAGCUGCAAAACGUUACGAGGAAAAUACAGGUUUCUGGCGCAGUUAAAUCCAGACAGAGCUCUGCAUAGGCGCAAGCCACAAUCGAUCACGUCCAUGUUGCAACCGUUCAGUCCCAUGGGCUUCAAUUUCACCAAGCUGACGCCGCAGGAGACGCUGUUCGACGUAGGGAACGGUGACGGUAACGACGUGGUCGCGAUUAACGCCAGUCCCCUGGAGCAGGGUCACAGCUUGCUUCUCACGGAGCGUUUCAAGUGUCUGCCACAGGUCGUGACGGAGCACAGCCUCCGCAAGGCGAUAGAGUUGUGUCUUCUGAGUGGUUCACGGUAUUUGAGAUUCGCUUUCAACAGUCUCUGCGCUCAUGCAUCCGUGAAUCACUUACACUGGCACUUGUACUGUUUGAAGCAGGAGAUGCCGCUUGAAUACAUCGAUACUCGCAGUUACGUGUCCGGUGUGCGUCUACUGGUAGAUUAUCCGGCGAAAGGAUUCUGCCUCAAGUUGUCUAGCUUUCAAGAUAUCGGAGAUCUCGUAGCUCGAGCAUUCCUCGUGGCGAAUUAUUUACAAGCGUGCCAGGUAGCGCAUAAUGUGUACAUCACACGAGCGAGGUCGAGAGCCAGUAGUGAGUUGUACGAUGAUGUACGCAUUUAUAUCUGGGCUAGAAAAAGUUCUACCGGCGUGAAAGACACGACAGCGUUCAUACCUGCGGUGUGCGAGCUGUUUGGUCACUUAUCGAUCAGAGAUGAAGAAAUAUACGACAAGUUGACGGAAAACGACGUGAUCGAAGAUCUCAACGAUAUUACGGAAGAAUAUUUUUCACUGCUCAGGGAUGAACUUAAAGAUAUUUUAGAGAAAUAAAAAAAAAGGAAGAUGGGAGAAAAAUACAAGACGAAAUCAGAAAUUCAGGGAACAGAUAGUGAUGUAUUUAUUGAAUGAUAUAAAUUAAAAUGGACGAAAUAUA